UUAUUCGAAAGUAAAUAAUUUAUGCACGCAUAGCUACACAACCAUAUUCAUAGAUCUAUAAAUACGCAAUUAGGGAUACCAAAGGUUUGUGCACAUUCAAAAGCUUCAACUUCUUAUUUGGGAAUUCUAUACUUGAGCAACUAGCUAUUCAACAUAACAAUGGCUUCAGUGCAACACGUUCGAGCUUCGAAACAAUUGAGCGACAAAGAGAAAGCAGCAAUCGAAGAGGCAGUGAAGGGGGUGCAGGCUUCCAUAGAAAAGAAAAAAGAAAACAACGCAAAGGCGAACCAAGAACGCCAACUAGUUUUGGUACAAGGCUAUGUGCAGAAUCUCCAGCCUCGUGCAGUGAAGCUUGAGAAAACACACGAGUGGAAUGGAAAAUUCUUAGUUAACCCUCCUGAAAGACUGGGUGGACUUGGUCCUAAUGAUAGUGGUACAUUUGAGCACGAGGGUGCUACUUCGCAAGGCAAUCUCCCUGUGCUUGUAGGCUCUAAAGGUGCAUUCAUAUAUGGUCAUUUUGACUUUGCUCUUCCUAAUCUUGGAUGGCUUGUGGCUUGGGACAAGCCUGACAACUCUAAUGGACCUAACAAGGUGUAUGUGGACGCUGGGGAGCUAAGCAGGCUGAUGGCAGUCGACUGGAGUGAGAUUGAACAAAAAUUAGAUGCAUCGGAAAGCUACAGUCGCUACUUCGACAGCGCCACAAAUGCUAUAGUAGCUGCUGAAAUUAAGGAUACGGGCGACAAAUUGGCUUCGCUUGCUUCGAGCUUUCAUAUUUACGUCCCCCCACCCCAGGUUUAAUUCCAGCUGCUUAAGAAGAACGAAAGGGGCGCAAGACUUGAAUAAUUAACCUGCACUCUUGUAUUUUAAUGCAGCUCCUAGUAUCAUGUUUUAUAUGCUUAUGAUGAAUAAACUGUAUGAGUUCCUUGGAUAUGUAAUGCCCAAAGAUGACACAUACAUCUUAUAAUGAAAUAUUAUCUAUCUUAUAUGGGUGUGUUUUA